AUGUUGGCAACACGUGACGUGCUUCAGAGCACACUUCUGCCUGGGACUGCCUGGGAGGGAAACGGCCAGGCAGUUAAGGACUUUUCUGUUUAAAUACCAUCUCUGGAAAGCUGCAGAAGAUCCAGGUGAGCUUAUGUUUUUCUGUCCCAGGUUUUGUGGCAUAGUAUGGAUUUGACACCAUCAGAGCACAAUCAUCUACAAAAUUAUCUGGUAGGAGAAUCGAGAAGACAAGAAGGGGAAGAAGAAGAUGAACAGAUAGUUGCAGAAAUCAUGAAAAGGCGCUUUUUUCCUGCUCUUUUAACUCAUAAGACCUGGGAAGGCUUUCACUUUGCUGGCCAUGAGAUAAGAAUUACAGAAACAACUGAUUUUUAUGGAGGAGUCGUCUGGCCAUCGGCUCUUGUUCUGUGUUAUUUUUUGGAAACUAAUUCUAAACAAUACAAUUUGGUUGACAAAAAUGUGAUUGAAAUUGGAGCUGGAACUGGGUUGGUCUCCAUAGUAGCCAGUUUACUGGGAGCACUGGUUACUGCCACAGAUGUGCCAGAACUUCUGGGAAACCUUCAACACAAUGUUCUCCAAAAUACGAAGCUGAACUGCAAGCACCAGCCUUGUGUUAAAGAAUUGUCUUGGGGAAUAGACUUAGAAAAGAACUUUCCUAAGUCCUCCUGUCACUUUGACUAUAUUAUGGCUGCUGAUGUAGUGUACCACCAUCCUUUCCUUGAUGAACUCCUCGAAACAUUUGAUCACUUGUGCAAGAAGGACACUGUUAUUCUUUGGGCUAUGAAAUUUAGAUUUGACAAAGAAAACCAAUUCGUGGGCAGAUUUCAGGCACUGUUUGACUUAGAGGUGAUUUCUAAUUUCCCCAGUUUGAACAUAACCUUGUAUAAGGCAAUGAGGAAGGGUAGAAUGAAAGACAGACCUUCCAAAUCAACAGUCUGAAAAAAAGGUA